AGGAGUGGGUGUUAUGGGGGAAGCUGUAAGGAUUCUAUAGGGGAACAUAUAGAGGUCCUGUGGGGCUGGGAGUGGGUCCUAUAGGAUCACGGGACUGGCAGUGGGGGGACACCCAAUAGGACUGAGAGUGAGCCCUAUGAGGCUGGGGGGAAUUACAGGGGUGAAAUGGAGGGAAAUAUGGGAACCCUGAGUAGAGUCCUGUGGAUUUCUUAUAGUGCAAGAGGGGUGUCCUAUGUAACUGGGGGAGACCUAUGGAGCUGAAAGUGUGUCCUAUGAGGACCAGAGUCCCCCUGAGUCUGCACUAUCAUCCCCUGACUCGGAGAUCACUGAGAGAGCCUCACCCAGCGCUACCAUGCCUGACGUGGAGAUGGCUGAAUUUGGGGAGGCCGCCCCCUAUCUCCGCAAGUCUGAGAAGGAGAGAGUGGCCGCCCAGACCCGCCCCUUCGACCUGAAGAAGGACAUCUUUGUUCCUGAUGAGAAGGAGGAAUAUGUUAAGGCCACCAUUGUCAGCCGUGAGGGCUCCAAGAUCACUGCUGAGACCGAGCAUGGCAAGACAGUGACGGUCAAGGAGGACCAGAUCAUGCAGCAGAACCCCCCCAAGUUUGACAAGAUCGAGGACAUGGCCAUGCUGACCUUCCUCCAUGAGCCCGCCGUCCUCUACAACCUCAAGGAGCGCUACGCCUCUUGGAUGAUCUAUACCUACUCAGGGCUCUUCUGUGUGACUGUCAACCCCUACAAGUGGUUGCCUGUCUACAAUGCUGAGGUGGUGGCUGCCUACCGGGGAAAGAAGCGGAGUGAAGCUCCACCCCACAUCUUCUCCAUCUCUGACAAUGCCUACCAGAACAUGCUGACAGAUCGGGAGAACCAGUCCAUCCUCAUCACCGGAGAAUCCGGAGCGGGGAAGACAGUGAACACCAAGAGGGUCAUCCAGUACUUCGCUGUCAUUGCUGCCAUUGGUGACCGUGGCAAGAAGGAGACGGGGGCCCCAGGCAAGGGCACUCUGGAAGACCAAAUCAUCCAGGCCAACCCUGCCUUGGAGGCCUUCGGCAAUGCCAAGACUGUUCGCAAUGACAACUCAUCGCGAUUCGGGAAGUUCAUCCGGAUCCAUUUUGGGGCCACUGGGAAAUUAGCAUCAGCUGACAUUGAGACCUACCUUCUGGAGAAAUCCCGUGUCAUCUUCCAGCUGAAGGCUGAAAGAAACUACCACAUCUACUACCAGAUCCUCUCCAAUAAGAAGCCAGAGCUGCUGGAUAUGAUGCUGGUGACCAACAACCCCUACGACUAUGCCUUCAUCUCCCAAGGAGAGACCACAGUGCCAUCCAUUGAUGAUGCAGAAGAGCUCCUGGCCACGGAUAGUGCUUUUGAUGUUCUGGGCUUCACCCAAGAGGAGAAGAACUCAAUCUACAAGCUGACAGGUGCCAUUAUGCACUUUGGCAACAUGAAGUUCAAGCAGAAGCAACGGGAAGAGCAGGCAGAACCAGAUGGCACCGAAGAGGCGGACAAGUCAGCUUACCUAAUGGGGCUGAACUCAGCUGAUCUUCUCAAGGGGUUGUGCCACCCUCGGGUCAAGGUGGGCAAUGAGUAUGUCACCAAGGGGCAGAAUGUCCAGCAGGUGAUUUACGCUGUUGGGGCCUUGGCCAAGGCUGUGUAUGAGAAGAUGUUCAACUGGAUGGUGACCAGGAUCAACAACUCCCUGGAGACCAAGCAGCCACGGCAGUACUUCAUUGGUGUGCUGGACAUCGCUGGCUUUGAGAUCUUUGAUUUCAACAGCUUUGAGCAGCUCUGCAUCAACUUCACCAACGAGAAGUUGCAGCAGUUCUUCAACCACCACAUGUUCGUGCUGGAGCAGGAGGAGUACAAGAAGGAGGGCAUUGAGUGGGAGUUCAUUGACUUUGGCAUGGACCUCCAGGCCUGCAUUGACCUCAUUGAGAAGCCCAUGGGGAUCAUGUCCAUUCUGGAGGAGGAAUGCAUGUUCCCCAAGGCCACAGACAUGACCUUCAAGGCCAAGCUCUUUGAUAAUCACUUGGGCAAGUCAGCCAACUUUGGGAAGCCACGAAACAUCAAGGGGAAGCAAGAGGCCCACUUUGCCAUCGUACACUAUGCUGGCACGGUAGACUACAAUAUCAUUGGGUGGUUGCAGAAGAACAAAGACCCCCUCAAUGAGACAGUGGUGGGGCUCUACCAGAAAUCAGCCCUGAAGCUCUUGGCCAACCUCUUCGCCAACUAUGCCGGGGCUGAUGCACCCGUGGAGAAGGGGAAAGGAGCCAAGAAGAAAGGUUCCUCCUUCCAGACUGUCUCUGCCCUGCAUCGGGAGAACCUCAACAAAUUGAUGACCAACCUGCGGUCUACCCACCCUCAUUUUGUCCGCUGCAUCAUCCCCAAUGAGACCAAGUCUCCUGGUGUGAUGAACAACCCCCUGGUAAUGCACCAGCUCCGCUGUAACGGGGUGCUGGAGGGCAUCCGCAUCUGCCGCAAGGGCUUCCCAAACCGCAUCCUCUAUGGGGACUUCCGACAGCGGUACCGCAUCCUGAACCCUGCUGCCAUCCCUGAGGGGCAGUUCAUCGACAGCCGCAAGGGCGCCGAGAAGCUCCUGGGAUCCCUUGAUAUUGACCACAACCAGUAUAAGUUUGGGCACACCAAGGUCUUCUUCAAGGCUGGGCUGCUGGGGCUACUUGAGGAGAUGCGGGAUGAGCGCCUGGCCAGGAUCAUGACCCGCUUACAGGCUCAAGUUCGUGGUUUCCUCUCCCGUCAGGAGUUCAAGAAGAUCCUGGAGCGGAGGGACUCGCUGCUGGUGAUCCAGUGGAACAUCAGGGCUUUCAUGGGGGUGAAAAACUGGCCUUGGAUGAAGCUCUACUUCAAGAUCAAGCCCUUGUUGAAGAGCGCUGAGACUGAGAAGGAGAUGCAGAACAUGAAGGAAGAGUUUGGGCGGCUUAAGGAGGCCCUGGAGAAGUCAGAGGCCCGGCGGAAGGAGCUGGAGGAGAAAAUGGUCUCCAUGCUGCAGGAGAAGAAUGACCUUCAGCUCCAAGUGCAGGCUGAGCAAGACAACCUUGCUGACGCUGAGGAGCGUUGUGACCAGCUGAUCAAGAACAAGAUCCAGCUGGAGGCCAAAGUGAAGGAGAUGACAGAGCGGAUGGAGGAUGAGGAAGAGAUGAAUGCAGAGCUGACGGCUAAGAAGAGGAAGCUGGAGGAUGAGUGCUCAGAGCUGAAGAAGGACAUUGAUGACCUGGAGUUGUCUUUGGCAAAGGUGGAGAAGGAGAAACACGCCACGGAGAACAAGGUCAAGAACCUCACAGAGGAGAUGGCUGGGUUGGAUGAGAUUAUUGUCAAGCUAACAAAGGAGAAGAAGGCUCUGCAAGAAUCUCACCAGCAGGCACUGGAUGACCUUCAGGCGGAGGAAGACAAGGUCAACACCCUGACAAAGGCCAAAGUCAAGCUGGAACAGCAAGUGGAUGAUCUGGAGAGCUCACUGGAGCAGGAGAAGAAGAUCCGGAUGGACCUGGAACGGGCAAAAAGGAAGCUGGAAGGUGACUUGAAGCUGGCUCAGGAGAAUAUUAUGGACCUGGAGAAUGACAAGCAGCAAUUGGAUGAGAGGCUGAAAAAGAAGGACUUUGAGCUCAACGCCCUCAAUGCCAGAAUUGAGGAUGAGCAAGCAGUUGCAGCCCAGCUCCAGAAGAAGCUCAAAGAGCUUCAGGCGCGGAUUGAGGAGCUGGAGGAAGAGCUGGAGGCAGAGCGAACAGGCAGGGCCAAGGUGGAGAAGCUCCGCUCAGACCUGUCACGGGAGCUGGAGGAGAUCAGUGAGCGUCUGGAGGAGGCGGGUGGUGCCACAUCUGUGCAGAUUGAGCUCAACAAGAAGCGGGAGGCAGAAUUCCAGAAGAUGCGGAGAGACCUGGAGGAGGCCACCCUGCAACACGAGGCCACAGCUGCUGCACUGCGCAAGAAGCACGCCGACAGUGUGGCCGAGCUCAGCGAGCAGAUCGACAACCUACAGCGUGUCAAGCAGAAGCUGGAGAAGGAGAAGAGUGAGCUUAAGCUGGAGCUAGAUGAUGUCGGCUCCAACAUGGAACAGCUGAUCAAGGCCAAGGCCAACCUGGAGAAGAUGUGCCGUACCAUGGAAGAUCAGAUGAAUGAGCACCGGACCAAGUCCGAGGAGGCUCAACGCAUGGUCAAUGACCUUACCACUCAACGAGCUAAGCUCCAGACAGAAAAUGGUGAGCUCUCCAGGCAGCUGGAGGAAAAGGAAGCCUUUAUCAACCAGAUGACACGAGGGAAACUCACCUACGCCCAGCAGCUGGAGGACCUCAAGAGGCAGCUAGAGGAAGAGGCCAAGGCCAAGAAUGCACUGGCCCAUCAUCUCCAGAACACCAGUCUCAUCAACCAGAAGAAGAAGAUGGAGGCUGACAUCUCCCAGCUGCAGACGGAGGUGGAAGAGGCCAUCCAGGAAUGCAGGAAUGCUGAGGAGAAGGCCAAGAAGGCUAUCACUGAUGCGGCCAUGAUGGCAGAGGAGCUGAAAAAGGAGCAAGAUACCAGCGCCCACCUGGAGCGGAUGAAGAAGAACAUGGAGCAGACCAUCAAGGACCUGCAGAUGAGGCUGGAUGAGGCCGAGCAGUUGGCCCUCAAGGGGGGCAAGAAGCAGUUGCAGAAGCUGGAGGCCCGUGUGAGGGAGUUGGAGAACGAGCUGGAGGCUGAGCAGAAGCGCCAUGCUGAGAGUGUCAAGGGUCUCCGCAAGUCCGAGCGUCGCGUCAAGGAGCUCAGCUACCAGACGGAGGAGGACCGCAAGAACAUGGUCCGGCUCCAAGACCUGGUGGACAAGCUCCAGCUGAAGGUCAAGGCCUACAAGCGACAGGCAGAGGAGGCGGAGGAACAGGCCAACACCAAUCUGGCCAAGUUCCGCAAGGCACAGCAUGAGCUGGAUGAGGCGGAGGAGCGUGCUGACAUUGCUGAGUCCCAGGUCAACAAGUUGCGGGCCAAGAGCCGUGACAUUGGAGCCAAGAAGGGACUCAAUGAGGAAUGA